GCCUCCUCAGGUACAGCUAUCUUAAUUAAACAUGCUUGUUGUGCUACUUCUCGCCAUCUCCUUACUGUUCGGGCUCUGCUCACAAUGUCAUCCAGCGGAAAAGCAGCGCUGGAUUCAGUAUACCGCGUUUUAUCUCUGCAAGGGGCCGACCUCUCGUUAUCUGGUAUGCAUUAUCGGGCUUUUUAUCCUGGAGAUCAUGUGGAGGGGUAUAUCAUCGUCACACAGCGUUGGUGAGGGUUCAAAAACAAGGCGGAAUACUCCGCAGUAUUGCUGCUAUGGAGUUAUAGGUAAGGCUAAGAUCAUGUUGAUUGUUCUGCACACAAGGACAGGAAUACAGAUCUGUAAUAUCUCCUAAGGUAUUGGAUAUUACUUCCUUAUUUAAGAGCUACGGAGUAAUUGGGCAGAUGAAUCUGUUAAAUGUCAG